UAAGCUAGCGUCCUAUCAUGCGUCUCUACCUAGCGAUUCUGCUCGUUGUCUCUCUGUUUCUCUUUCCUCAAGCAAAAAUAAAGGAUGCGAGCAAACUGGAUCCUUCAAAGAAAGAAGUUGGUGAUAUCAAUGAAGAGAAAAAUUCUAAUAAAACAGUAAACGUCAAGAAGACGUCAGAUGAUGUUGAGAAGUUACGUGAGAAGGUGAAGAAGAAGAUGAUAGAGAAGUCUGUGGAAAAGAAGGAAGAGAAUGAGGUGAAAGGGAAAGAAAAGAAAGAAAAAGUGAAGAAGAAGGAAGAAAAGGUGCAGUUGAAGAUUGUAGACAAUCCUGCUACUCCACAUGGAACGGGGUUUGCCAGUUGGUCACAACCCAAGGAGUUGAAAUUGCGUGUCAAACCAGCGAACUUUUCUGGUCCUUUGCCAUUCAAAGUGCUCACCGGAAAAUGUUUCGACAUAUUUGCUAACACCUACAAGUAUCAGGUGUGUCCAUUCCACAAUGUAACUCAACGCGAGCAAAGCACACGCUGGAACUCAUAUGCCGGUGUUCUCGGUGUAUGGAAAGACUGGAUCAUCGUAAACAACACUUUUGUUGCUUGGAACAUGCCCAAUGGAGACACGUGUGGUGACAAAAUGAGACAAACAAUGGUCCUAUUAGUUUGUGAUCAACGUAAUGAGGUAACGGAAGUUAAGGAACCAAAGACUUGCCAUUAUGAGAUGAAGUUUAAGACGCCGCUGGCUUGUUCCAGACGAAACAUGGCUGUCUAUCCGUGGCUCAGCAAAAAGUUGCAACAACAGUGGGACGACGUUGAACAAGAGCAAUUCAAUGGAGACAUUACACAACAGGGAUACAAAAAAUAUUUGAUGACUAUAUGGACAGCAGCUGGAUUUGUUGGUCAGCAAGUCUCUAAAGAUGGAUUGGAGAUUGAUGUGUUCACAGAGAACUCAGACAAGGAGGGAAGCAUGAAGUUUGCAGAUACAGCUGCAUGUGAAAAGGCAUACAACAAACUACAGGAUGAAAUUAUAAACUUAAGACAACAAUUAUCCAUCUACCAGCCAAAUGCCACAUUAACUAAUGUCACACAAUCUAACACGUCACACUCUAAUUCAACCAUUAACACAACCGUGAAUGCCAUAAAUCAAACAGUCAAUGUACCAUCAUCCAUCCAUACCAACAACACUCAACAUGUCCAUACAAGGACAUUAACAAAAAAUCUGCAAACACGGCCAGACCAUGGGAACACAACACACGGAGGUGUCGACAUCGUUCCAUCAAAUUCUGUAUUGAAAAAUGACAGUAAAACGUCGGAGUCUCAUUUGGGUGACGAAAUGGUUUCACAGCAAGAGGAAGUUGGUGAGAGAAGGAAUGGAGAUAAACAGCAGAUGGAAGGUGGUGAAAUGUCACGUAAAGUGAGGAACUCUGAGAACAUGAUGGUUCAUCGUAAUUGAAUUACAAGGUUAGAGAUGGUCACGUUUGUAGAUAAUAAAUUAAAUCAAUAAUUAGUGAGGUUGAUAUCAAUUAUAAAAUGAGAAGGAUGAGUUUACACGAAUGUUAUUAGAUGUUAGUUUAUGGAUUGAUUUAUCUUGUUUGCUGCUCUUUAAUGCUUUGAAUUAUUCUUUCUAUGAAAGGCA